UGAAUGUCAUCUGUAAUAUCUCCUGAUGUACCUAUAAAGAAGGAACUUUAUAGGUUUACAGAAAAAGUCAUUAAAAAACUGCAAAAACUUUUAAACAAAGGAAAAGAUUGUUUCACUUACAAUCUUUAAAGUAGAAAAGAAAAGAAACGUCAGCUCUUAGUAUGGUAGAGAUGAAAUGCGAGGGUGUAAAGAAAGAGCCUAAUUGAUAUGACCUCUGGGAGGGUAAUUGUGUCUUUAUUGAAAUUAGAAAGCACAUGCCUUUUGACUGAACUAUUUGAUUCCUGAGACUUGAUCCUUUAUUGCAGUGAUGUGAAUAAGGAUAUUCCUUUAUAGCAUUGCUUGUAAAGACUGGAAAUAAUGUACAUGCACAACAGUAGGGGACUGAUUAAGUAAGUAAGCAUACAACCAAAAGAGCAAAACCAAGUUAGAUCAUUUUAUAUAUACUUGUGUUGAGAUAAUGCCUUAUUUCACCUUUAUGGGACAAAAAAAGUCUGACUUUAAAUGGCGGAAACAGUAACAAAAUGAUCCGUUUACAUUGAGCAACUCCUGAGUUAUUUCAGGGACCCAGGACUCUUGUUCAGUCAUUUUGUACUUCGCAUUCUCAGUAUAUCAGCAGUUCUGUCCUGGGAAAAAUCCCUCCGCCUUUCAUGGUUACGGGAUGACCACAGCACCUGCGGAGGAGGAGGAGGGAAGACGCCAUAUAUCUGCAUGCUUGCAAGAAGAAGGAAACCCAUAACCCAGCUGCCAUCUCCUCAAAGCUCAGUGGCCACAGUUGCUUCACAUGCCCGUGUCUGAACAAGUCACCAGAGAGUGGGCGAGGUCUACCACGGUUGGCUAGAUCCCUAAAAGAUUUGCUGCCCAGGGGCACGGUGGUGGCAGCCACCCUGGUAGCACUUGGCAGUAUGGAAGGAGGCUGGAUACUUGCAGAUACGGCCUUAAAAAUUUAAAAAGCCAGGUGUAAAAAAAAAAAAAAAAAAAAAAAGGAAAUGAAAGGUUUUUGUGUGUGCAUUUAUUCUGUUUGGGUUAUAUGCUUACACACACAUAUAUGUAACAGUCUGAUGUUAGUUGCUAAGUGGGAACUUGCUCUCUCUCUGUUGACAGCCAGGGCCUAGAGCUGAAAACAAAAGGUGAUACAAAUCUCCUCCCAAGUUCACUGUGGGCCAGCCACCUCCCUGCAGGACUUCUAAGAACUACCAGUUCAGCAGAACUGUGGUAACCCACUCCACCACCUUAGCAUAAGUAGUGGGGAGAGGGUGGAGGGCAUCUCCCUCUGAAGCCAAGGGAGGAGCAUGACAGAGACACCUCGGGAGAAUUUAGGAUGUCUGCAAGAAAGGAGACUGACCCUCCAUUCCCCAAAUGGACAGUGCUUCUCCUUCAAGAUCAAAAGAAAAAGCAUUGGAGAAGUAGCAGCAUGGUCCAGUCAGGAGGUCCAAGAAGGGACAGAGACUGUCCCCACUAGCUGCUGCUUGUCUGAGGAUGCAGGAGGUGAAAACUGCAUAUACCAGAGUAAAAGGAUGGUUUCUUCUGGACAAUUACAUACCUACUUUUAUUUGCUCUGUCAUAUACUUACUAAUUGUAUGGCUGGGACCAAAAUACAUGAAGAAUAGGCAGCCAUUCUCUUGCCGGGGUAUUUUAGUGGUGUAUAACCUUGGCCUCACAUUGCUGUCUCUCUAUAUGUUCUGUGAGUUAGUGACAGGAGUAUGGGAAGGCAGGUACAACUUCUUCUGUCAGGGUACACGCAGCGCGGGAGAAGCAGAUAUGAAGAUUAUCCGCGUCCUCUGGUGGUACUAUUUCUCCAAGCUCAUCGAAUUCAUGGACACCUUCUUCUUCAUCUUGCGGAAGAAUAACCACCAGAUCACGGUCCUGCACGUCUACCACCACGCCUCCAUGCUGAACAUCUGGUGGUUUGUGAUGAACUGGGUGCCCUGCGGCCACUCUUAUUUUGGUGCCACACUUAACAGCUUCAUCCACGUCCUCAUGUACUCGUACUACGGUCUGUCAUCCGUCCCCUCCAUGCGCCCAUACCUCUGGUGGAAGAAGUACAUCACGCAGGGCCAGCUGCUUCAGUUUGUGCUGACAAUCGUCCAGACCAGCUGCGGGGUCAUCUGGCCGUGUUCGUUCCCUCUCGGGUGGCUCUACUUCCAGAUUGGAUACAUGAUCUCUCUGAUUGCUUUCUUCACAAACUUCUACAUUCAGACUUACAACAAGAAGGGGGCCUCGCGGAGGAAAGAGCACCUGAAGGACCACCAGAACGGGUCCGUGGCUGCUGUGAACGGACACACCAACAGCUUUUCUUCCCUGGAAAACAAUGUGAAGCCAAGGAAGCAACGGAAGGAUUGAAGUGAAGAGCUGGAGACCUCCAAAACCCAUCGUCUGAUUGUAAGCACAGUAUGAGUUGUGCCCAAUGCUCGUUAACAGCUGCUGUAACUAGUCCGGCCUACAAUAGUGUGACUCGUGUAGGACCGCUUUCAUCAGUUCAAACCCCUAGAAAACGUAUACAGAUUAUACACGUAGGCAUAAGAUUUUUAACAUUUCUGGGCUCUCACCGACCCCUGCGCUAGACUGUGGAGGGCGUAUUAUUGUAGUAUACGACACUGCUGUUGCCUUAUUAGUUAUAACAUGAUAGGUGCUGAAUUGUGAUUCACAAUUUGAAAACACUGUAAUCCAAACUUUUUUUUUUUUUACUGUAGAUCAUGCAUGUGAUUGUAAAUUUGUACGAUGUUGUUACAGUAGAAAAACACACAUGCCUUAAAAUUUAAAAAGCAGGGCCCAAAGCUUAUUAAUUUAAAUGAGGAUAUGUCUCAAGUUUUUAUUCAUUUUUAAUAGCUCUGUUUAGAAAAAUCAAAGACCGUGAUUUAUGAAAAUAGUGUGUGACACAUAACGUCAAGUGACUUGUAUAUGUGAAAUCAGAAACGGCACCUUCAGUUUUAUAAUAUUGGCUUUAAAUCAGGCAGACUCAAUUCUAGUGGUGGAACAGUCAGUUUAACUUUUUAACAGAUCUUAUUUUUUUAUUUUGAGUGCCACUAUUAGUAAUGUAAAAAGGGGGGGUGGGCUCCAAGCAGUCUUGAUGAAACCUAAGUAUGUAUUCUUUGUCUUCAAGAUUUUAGGAUGUAGGGCAAGUGGGACAUUUAAAAUUUCUGAAGUGCUAAGUGUUUUAUACGGGAAACAACGCCCAUUUUGCUUUCCACUCGUCAGAGAGAGGACAUACACUUUUCAAAAGAGAUGAUUGAAUAUUUACCAUUUGAUAGAAUCCCAUUGGUGAACGAGGGGGAACAAGUUGGCCAGGGUCCAAAUUUGGAUUGAUUCCUGUACUACUGUCUGUUUUGACACAAACUUCUUUUAAAAUGUGCCUAGCUUUUAAAAUCAGUAAACGGGGAAAAAGGGACCUUAAAGAAUUUUAAGGUAAAAUUAAACAGAUAGCUACAGCCUAAGAGAACUGGCAAAUUGGAUAGAGAUAAUUUGUUUAAUGUAAAUCUAAAGGUAUCUGUCAUUUUUUUUCUGCUUAGAAUCUCAAGAUUUGUAAAGAACUGCUUAUUUAAAAAAUAAGACUGCUUAUCGUAAAAUCAUGUCUAUCACACUUGAGGCAGUGGUCAAACAGAUAAGGACUAUUGUGUGUGUCAUUUUAAAGUGUUGAAAUUUAGUCUCUGAAUAUCUUCUCCAUUCGGAGAAAAUACCGUCAUUGAACCACUCAUGACACAUCUUAGAAGGUCAUCCACAAUGUAUAAACUAAAUGUUGGUUUGAUAUUUAUGUAAAUAUCAGUUUAUCAUGCUUUAAUUUUGCACAUUCAUAUUACAGGGAGCCAGUUGGUUCUCUUCUUAGUCUUGUGGGUUUUCUGUUUGGAAGGAGUCACAGCAUCUGUUUACAUUUACCUGAUCAAAUCUAGAACGUGUAUAUUUGUAAAUGUCUUCCUAGGUACUAGUUUGUGAGUGUCUUUACAUAUUUCAAUACAGAAACUAUAACAUUCAAUAGUGUGCCAUCAGAGUGUGCUUCAGCUGAUCUGUGUAUACCCACACUGUUAAAUAGUGUCAGACAUUAAUCAUUAAAACAUUUUUGAUUACCUGUG